CAGCCCGGUUUCAACACAGCGUUCCGGAAACCCGGUGAGGUGCCAACAGAGGUGCCCAAAACCGGACCGCAGGCGCCGCGAGAUCUGGGCCCCACGCUGUGAGACUAGCCGCGACGCUAACACCGCACUGCGCGACAAAGUGCUGAACGUCAUCGUCCUGCGACGCCGACGCAGUAAUAGGACGCCCUCCCGGAAGUGGGCUCUGGAUCGGGCAGUAAAAGUGGCAGCCAGGUCGCAGCUGAGCUGUUUCUCUGCGUUUCCUCUCGAUCCCUCCUGAUCCCUGCAGGUCCGCGUAGAGACGAAACUUCUCCGCUGUCAUGGGGGGCGGAGAUCUGAAUCUGAAGAAGAGCUGGCACCCACAGACCCUUCGCAAUGUGGAGAAGGUGUGGAAGGCCGAGCAGAAGCAUGAGGCUGAGCGGAAGAAGAUCGAGGAGCUGCAGCGGGAGCUGCGGGAGGAGCGGGCCCGGGAGGAGAUGCAGCGCUAUGCUGAGGACGUCGGGGCUGUCAAGAAAAAAGAGGAAAAACUGGACUGGAUGUAUCAGGGUCCUGGCGGGAUGGUGAACCGCGAUGAGUACUUGCUGGGGCGCCCCAUCGACAAGUAUGUUUUUGAGAAGAUGGAGGAGAAGGAGGCAGGCUGUUCUUCGGAGACAGGACUGCUCCCAGGCUCCAUUUUUGCCCCUUCUGGUGCCAAUUCCCUUCUUGACAUGGCCAGCAAAAUCCGGGAAGACCCACUCUUCAUCAUCAGGAAGAAGGAGGAGGAGAAAAAAAGAGAGGUGUUGAAUAAUCCUGUGAAAAUGAAGAAAAUCAAAGAAUUGUUGCAGAUGAGUCUGGAAAAAAAGGAGAAGAAGAAAAAGAAGGAGAAGAAGAAGAAGCACAAGAAACAUAAGCACAGAAGCUCCAGUAGUGAUGGUUGCAGUAGCGAGGAGGAGCGCAGCCGGGGGAGGUGAGCACAUCUUCAAAAGAAGGUGGCAGAUUCUUCCCCUGUGCUGUCCAGAGCCCCGGGAUAUGGCUUACAGAUCAAGGACUCCUACCAUAGCCAGGGAGCGCAGAGUUCUCUGAUGGCCAAGCAAAAGGGAACGCACGGGUUGAAGAAUUAUUCCAGGUCCAGAAGCUCCUCCCACUCACCUCCCAGACAUGCUAACAAGAAGAGCACCCGGGACAGGAGUUCUCGAUCCCCAGGCAGAAGGUCACGGUCCCCGAGGCCAAGCAAAGCGCACAACUCUAAGGUCAAUAGAAGAGAGAGAGGCCGAACUAAGAGCCCAUCGCCUAAAAAGGAGGUCUACCAAAGGCGGCACGCCCCUGGAUACACCAGAAAGCUCUCAUCAGAGGAACUAGAGCGAAAACGUCAAGAGAUGAUGGAAAAUGCUAAGUGGCGGGAGGAAGAGAGGCUGACCAUCCUCAAGAGGCACGCCAAGGAUGAUGAACGGGAGCAGAGGCUGGAGAAGCUGGGCUCCCGGGAUGGGAAGUUUAUCCACCGCAUGAAGCUGGAGAGUGCAUCUUCCUCCUCCCUGGAGGAUAGGGUGAAACGGAACAUCUACUCUCUACAGAGAACCUCAAUGGCUCUGGAGAAGAACUUUAUGAAAAGAUGAAAGCUAUCCCCUCUCUUGCUGGCUUUCCUGAAAUUUCCAGGGAGGCUGCUGAUCCCUUAAAAAUUCUCUUUAUAAGAGUUCAAGUGACUUCUUGCACAGUCGUCAAAGCACCACUGUUCAAAGUGACUCUCUUCCGGUGAUUCCUGAAACAGCUUACUUCCUUUGAGAACCAGUGCAACGCACUUUAUGGGACACUCAGUAACUUUUGCUGAGUGCCUUGUAGGUUUUAAUGGGUGGGCACUAGACACUCUACGUGUGAGCACUCACCCUGCUCUGGAAGGCUGUUUCCUGUGGUCAUGAUACUUCUUAUGCCACUUUCUUCCCUGCUGUGAGAACUGUGUGCCUCAGUGUAGACUGGACCUUGCAGAAACCUCUCUCCGGAGUCGCGCAGAUAGACUGUGCUUAGUGGGGUAAAUGAACAUCUUUCUUGAUUUAGUAGAUCAUGUGACAGAAUGCUGUCAGAUUAGGGCAGAUCUAAGGAGAGACAAAGAAUCUGGAAGGGGACACAAUCCAAAAAAGCACUAAAUGAGCUGUUGAACUAUUUGGACUGUCUUUUGAACUGUAAAAAGUGUAGUGUGUAU